CAUUGUUAAAUGGGUCUACUAAAAUUCGAGUUUGUUUAUAUUUUGAUUUUUAUUUGAAUUUUUGAAAUAAAUUUCCAUCAUUUAUAUACAACGACAUGUCCACAUACAAAGAUAUAAAACCAUCAUCGGUACAAUCAUUACGGCCACUUGGUGCUGUUCCCGUAAAGAAUGAAAAAGGGGAAAUUACUAUGCAAAAAGUUAAAGUUCAACGAUAUGUUUCUGGACGUAAACCAAAAUAUGCUGAAGAAGUGGAUUCAUCUGGAAGUGAAUCAAAUAGUUAUUCAUCUGAAGAUGAAUUGAAGAAUAAAAAUCGUAAACUUUUACCCAGCUUAAAUCGUCAUCAAAAUCAUAGUUCAAUGGCUUUUACAUUGGCCAGUAGCAAAAAUAAACAAACAGAUGAUAAUGAGAAUAAAGAAGCUGACGAUAGCGACGACGACGAUGAUGAUAUUCGUUUACGUAUCAGAAAGAAUCGCGAAAAUAAUGUAAUUGUGAAUCAGGAAAAAUUGUAUCAAGAUCCUCGUAUGCGUCGAUUGAUGCAAUUUCGUGAACAAUCAAACAAAGAAAGUUCACGGCCAACGAUCAAACCACAGGUUAUUAAAAGUGGUCAAAAAAGUGAUCAAGAAGAAUCUGAUCCCGAAUUAGAGCAUGAUGAAGACGGUGAUGUCAUUAGACGUCGUCAUCGACAUCGUGAAGUUAUCGAUGCCGAAGAAAAUGAUGAUGAAAAUGCUGAUGAAAAUAUUGAACGUCGUCAUGAAUUAUUGAAACAACGGGUGCGUAAAUUAGAAUUGGAAUCUGCACCAGAUGAAGCUUUCAGUGAUGACAACGACAACGAUGAUGAAGAUGAUGAUGAUGAGGAAGAAUCAGAAAAUGAAUCCGAAUAUUCAGAAGAUGAAGCAAUGCCUCGAUUGAAACCAAUUUUUGUUUCAAAAAAAGAUAGAAUAACCAUCAAUGAGAAAGAGGAACAGGAACGCAAACGUAUUGAAACUGCCGAAUUGGAAGCGAAAAUUGCAUUGGAAGAACGUCGUCGAUCAACAUUAAAAUUAAUUGAAGAAGACCGUCGUCGUGAAGAAGAAGAACGAGAAAAGAAUAAAGCGGCAGCCGAAGAAGAAGCAAUUAUCAAAGGAAUCGCUUCGGUUAUCACUGAUGAUGAAGAUGAUGAAACGGCAUUUGAAUUAUGGAAAGUCCGUGAAUUAAGACGAAUCAAACGAGAAAAAGAAGAGGAAGAACAACGAGAAAGAGAACGACGUGAAAUUGAACGAUUACGAAACAUGACAGAAGAAGAACGACAGGAAGAGUUGAAAAAGAAUCCACGUGUUGUAACUAAUCAACAGAAAAAGGGCAAAUAUAAAUUCCUACAAAAGUAUUAUCAUCGUGGUGCAUUCUAUCUGGAUGAAGAAGAUCAGGUGUUCAAACGAGAUUUUGCGCAACCAACACUGGAAGAUCAUUUUGAUAAAUCGGUAUUGCCAUCGGUUAUGCAAGUGAAAAAUUUUGGCCGUGCUGGUCGCACAAAAUAUACACAUCUAACUGAUGUUGACACGACUGCAUUUGAUUCGGCUUGGUCAGCCAAAGAUAAUACACAUGCGAUACAAUUUCAUCAAGCUCAUGGUGGUGGAAUGAAACAAUCAUUCGAACGACCGGGCAAGCGGAAAAAAUGAAAAUUUGAAUAGUAUAAUACGAUUUCCUAAUGGAAUUGGUUGUCCAUUUUCAAUUAAUGAAACGAUUUUGGAUUCAAAAUUUACCGAAAAUUUUCCUUCCAU